GGUCGAACCACCACCGUCGUCACUGAAGCUAGUUGCUUCUGUCAAUCCAGACCAAGGUUGGUUAUAGGAACGAAAAGCAUGGCUAUCAUCCCGCGCCAGCUCUAUUCUUAUGACUAGCCAAUUCUACAUCUUAACUACUGGUACCCUCAGCCUCUUUAAUCUGCUCCAGGCUGACUGCAACAACCGUCACUCCCCCGUCCCAGCCUGGUCCGCCGGUGUCGCCUCUCUAAGCCACUGCCUAGUCUCGUUUACGAUCCGGUGGUUUACAACUUCGCCUCAACCAUCCAUACUCCAUUCGUGCACGGGGUCUUUGGGUUUUAUUGUCCUUGGUUGCCCGGUUAGGAUUCGCUAGCGGUAUUUAUAUUCACGAACGGGGGUCCACACGUUGCUCCAGCCUUGCACGUCGGCGAGUGCGCCUGCUGUCCUACGUUCGCUAUAAGAGCUAGCCUUAUUCGCCUUCAUGGUGUUGCGCAAGCGAGCUCCUCCACAUCUGUCACUUCUCGGUCAAGGAAACGCCCCUGCGGACUUACGCUCAGAUCCUCGCUUGUUGGCCCCCAAGACCGCUCCGACCGUAAAACCCGCGUCGUCGUCUCCCCCGAAGCGUUUGACCCGCCCCAGGCGAGCUCAGAGCUCUCCGCACCCCCACCGCGUGCCGUCUUUACAAUCGGUCUACUCCCCUGAUCUCCGUACGUCACCGGCCUUCAAUUUGAUGCCGUUGGAACAGGCUCAGAAGUCUCCGAUUCGGAAUUUCCCCGGCGACAUCCCAGUUCCGUGGAUGGACGAGCUCGUGGAACGGCCAGGCCAGAGUCGUCCCCAGUCGGUGGAUUCGACACCGCGUUUCAAUAUGGAAAACAAUACACAUAACGAAGGACCCGUGGACGAGCGGGGAGGCCAGGGCCGUGUUCCCUCGAUCCUCGUCGCGGGGAACCAGCGGAAAGCAGACGAUCAACAAGCCUCUGCCCAUGCUCCCGACGGGGAGUAUGUCGGUCAGCCACCGGUGCAGUUGCAGUCCAACAAUCCGUUCUUGAAAGGUCAGCCAAACCAUUCGGAUAACCGAACGUCUGAUGCGGGAUCGUCAUUCAUAUCCCAGGAUGGCGCAAGCGGACGACUAGGUCAGGAUGAAGGCUAUAUUCCCAUGACUGCACGCAUAUCGCUUGUUGACGAAAGUAAUUCGGAAAAUCAGUCAGCGACCGAGACAUCGAACGCGACUGCCCAGCAUCAGCAUCCGGGGCAAAGCCAACCUCCAGUUGAUCAAGUCAACAACGAUCAAUAUAUAGCUUUGCCCAUGUCUGCUUCCGAUCCGCUUCGACCCAUGUCAUACGACGGCCAGGUGUCCGCGUACAUGACACCGCCGUCGGGGAAGUUGUCGCCGUGCGAUGGAAGCAACACCCCUGCGACCCCUUCAACACCAGCUACGGGCUCGUCUCACGUCCUCGUCGAAUUCGAUCAAUCCUUGCGGUCAGAGCCUAGUCCUGCUGAGGUGCCUCCGCCGAGCUACGAGUUGGACAAGCAACAGGAAAUCCACAAGGACCACGGAAAAGCCCCGUCUCUGCCGGAUCGCUCGGUCACGGGACCCAGCGGCGCUGCCGUCUUUCAGCCCAGAAUACUACCCCCUCUUUCCGAGGCCGAAGAGAAGCGCCAGAGAGAGCAACGGUCGGAGACCUAUGCUAUCAGACAUAUCAACUGGAAGGAUAGCACGGGGAAGAUGCGCGAAUCCCCCAUUUUGAUUCAGAACAAGAAUGGUCCCUGUCCGUUGUUGGCCCUCGUUAAUACAAUGGUUCUACGAGCCAGCGAAAACGAUCCGCCACCCAUCGUACGGGCCUUGCAGACCAAAGAGCAGAUAUCGCUCGGUUUGUUGAUCGAAGCCUUAUUUGACGAAUUGACGACACGUCUGAGUCCUGAGGACGAGUUUCCGGAUAUUGAGGCUCUGAGCCGAUUUCUAACUAUGUUGCACUCCGGCAUGAACGUCAAUCCCCGGCUCACAUUGACAUGGAGGGAAGCCCUUGGGUCUUUCGAGGCCACCGAUGAUAUUCAGCUCUAUGGUACCUUCGGCGUGCCAUUGGUGCACGGCUGGGUUGCGGCCCCCAGAAGCGAAGCUGAUUAUGCAUUGGCUCGCCUAGGCCAGUACCACGAAGAUAUACAGCUGCUUCCCUUCCGCAAGCAUGAGCUUGAAGACCGUGUUACCCGCGGGGAGUCGCUCUCUCCAGAAGAUGAACAGGUUCUCAAAGAUAUCCAAACCAUCGAGAAGUUUACAGAUAUCGAGAACGCGACUCAGUUGAGCGAUUUCGGCCUAGAUCAUCUGGCCAAGAAAUUGGCCCCCGGGUCAUUUUCAAUCUUGUUCCGCAAUGACCAUUUCGCGACUCUUUACAAGGACCCUCGUUAUAACCGGCUUUUCACCCUGAUCACCGAUGCUGGGUACUCCAAUCACGCAGAGAUCGUGUGGGAGUCCCUGGUCGAUGUAAAUGGAGCCGUCUCGGAGUUCUACUCGGGCGAUUUCCGCUCCGUGGACCAUUCUCAAUCUUAUUCCUCUCCUGGGGCGUCCGACCCGUCCGGCCCACGAACAUCCAGCACUGCUCUCAAAGCCCCGCCCCCACGGAAAGACGGGGCCCCGUUGACCGCUCAAGAACAGGCGGAUGCGGACUUUGCCUAUGCACUCUCGCUACAGUACCAGGAAGAAGAGCAAGAGCGCACGGCAGCCAAUCGAAGCCGUGUCCGAGCACCCUCCACGUCCACGCCGCAGACCAACCGGGGUACAUCCCAAUCAUCCGAUCAAGGUCGUCGGCCCACUUCCACCCGCCAGUUUUUCCAGCCUCAGCGGGGCAACACCGAAGACGACGGGCCUCCGCCCUCAUACGAACAGGCGGCUAAGAGUCCGGAAUACUCCCCAGAACGAACACCUCAUCUAGUGCCCGAAAUCCCUUCAUACACUCCGUAUACCAGGAACCAGUAUGGGCGGCGACCGGCCAGCGGUGCCGUCGGCGCAGGGCUACCUGAUCGACCACGGGAUCGGAACAAAGACUGCGUGGUUAUGUAAAUGCAGCUAUCAAGCCAUCUGGCGUGAGAAGGCUUUUUACAGCUCGCCCACACGUCAGCUAACUUUAUGACGGACGAUAUUUAUGAUGCAAUGUAUUCUACAUAGAUACCAAUAGCAACAGCGCCUCUAGUACGCCUUAUCCUUAUUGGAUUUGUGGUUUUGGGAUUCUCGCAUUUGCCUUUUUUUUUUUUUUUUUCAUCUUCUCCUGUUUUUUGUUCAGGGGAACACUUAGGGAAUUUAUGUUCUGCCUUUUUAUGUUCUGCCUUUUUAUGUUCUGCCUUUUUAUGU